AUGGCCAGCAGCACCAGCAGCUACCCUCUCGUGCUGCUCCUGCUGCUGGCGGCCACGGCUUUCCGCCGCAGCAGCAGCCACCGAGGCGUCCGGCUGCGGCGGCAACGCGACCACCGCGACGUCAUCGCCGACGGCGUACGAGAUGCUGGAGCGCUCCGCGGGGACGGCAGCUUCGAGGUGUACUUCCCGCGGCCCUGCGAGUUCCUGCUGGCGGGGACGUGGCUGGUCCGGUACGAGCCCCGCGUACGGGGCUCCGUCGCGGCCGGGUCGCUCAUGGCGCUGGACGGGAUCAGCGUGAAGGUGCUCUUCUUGUGGCUCGGCGUCGGCGAGGUGGACCGCGCGGGCGACACGCUCAGCUUCUACGUCGGCCCCGUCGCCACCUCGUUCCCGCUCGACGACUUCGCCGAGAGCCCGCGCUGCCGCGGCUAUGAUGAUGGUGGCGCCGGCGACGACGACGACUUCUUCCCGGCGGCGGCGGCGGCCUCGUCGUGA